AUGGAAACAUUUGCAACAUGGAAACACUCGCAACAUGGUAACACUCGCAACAUGGAAACAUUUGCAACAUUGAAACACUCGCAACAUGGUAACACUCGCAACAUGGAAACAUUUGCAACAUUGAAACACUCGCAACAUGGUAACACUCGCAACAUGGAAACACUCGCAACAUGCAUUCGCAACAUUGAAACACUCGCAACAUUGAAACAUUCGCAACUUGGAAACACUCGCAACAUUGAAACACUCGCAACAUGGAAACAUUCGCAACAUAGAAACAAUCGCAACAUUGAAACACUCGCAACAAAGAAACGUUUGCAACAUGGUAACACUCGGUACAUUGAAACACUCGCAACAUAUACUGGACUGAACUGUGACUUGUUACAUGUUAGACAAGGACAACUUCAGGAAAAAAUGACAGGGAAGAAUAUUUCAGUGAGAAUCAAAAGAAAAGUAUGCCAAACAAGCUUCUUCAGACCAAUUCGAUGUUCGGAGCAAAUUCAAGCAACUAAGCAAAUAUUUACAAUCUGA